CUCCCAAAAAUUUAGAGUCGGGCUUUGCGGGCUUAACUCCCAGUAGGAAACAGGUGGUUUUUCCUUCGAUUUCCCUGCACAGCCAGUCGUUCUAAUAGUUUCACAAUGGUCGUCCUGACAGAGCAGAUAAUAAAGGGUAAGACUCGGCUUGAUAAGCUUGAAGAGGUCAAGAACUUGAACCUGUGGGGCCAGGACUUGGACGAUUGCUCAAUCCUUGCGAAGUUACCAAACUUGGAGGUGCUGUCCUUGUCGGUUAACCGUCUGUCGAGCCUGAAGGACUUCCGACACUGCGCCAAGCUUCAAGAGCUAUACCUUCGAAAAAAUGACGUGAAGGACCUCAAUGAGAUUCAGUACCUCGUCCAUUUGAAGGACCUCCGAGUACUAUGGCUCUCCGAUAACCCCUGCGCGGAGGACCCGCACUACAAGCAGUUUGUCGUGCGUAUGCUGCCAAACUUGCAAAAAUUAGACAACGAUGACGUCGACACCAUUAAUUUGGACGCCGCGGGGCCCGGUCCAGCCCUCAACGGGCCGGCACCUGCACCACCAGCGCCUUCAGCGCCCCCGUACGCUUCGCCGCCUUAUGGAGACCAUCGGCCACAGAGUCGCGGCAGCCCGGCAACGACCCCGAGCGACCAAGGCGUCAUCGGCGGCACGACCCCUGGAUCGGUAUCCCGCCCGACGGGAGGUUUCAGCGGCGGUGGUGGCGGUCGGUCGUCGAAGAACAUCCUGUACGCGGUCAUGGCGUUGCUGGGAGAGCUGGACGAUGACGACCUGGUGUACGUUCGGCGGGAAAUUGAACAGCGCCUAAGCAAUCGGUGA